AUGGCGUCCGCCAGGAUGUCGCCAACGGCGAACUUGCUGCGCAAAUCGCGUUUAUUCGCACUUCCUCCAACUCUCAAACCCCCUAGUGACAACACGACAUCGAGAGCUGCUUUCGAAUCCAACACCGCAACUCUGCCUCACCCCAUUCGAGCCGCCAUCGUUACACCGCAAUCAUCACUAGCUCGAGGCGAUUGGGGUCUGAAAAGACCUCUGCCAGCAAAAUCUACAUCUGAGAAGUCAUCGAGACCUGUCGUCAGGGUGCACGCCCUCGAUACGUAUGAACAUGUCACCGACUUCGAAUCCGCCGCGGACCACACCAUGACACUCGAGAAGUUCCAGGAGAUGCACAUCCCGAUGUCUCUUCCCUUCAAAGUAAACUACGCGACAAGUGUUAUGCCAAGACAUCAAAGUCCGUUCGAAACUCACCUCGAUAACACUGAAAAUAGCCAGGGUCUCCACGAAGCUGGGGCCAAACAAUUUAGACACACCGGUCCUUGGCUUGCUGGGCAGAACGAAGCGGAGUUCGCAGCGUACUUGAAGCAAGUCACCAGGAACAAGCCUGAGAUCAUGCGGAAGCUGCGUGAGCAGUUUGUCGCUAAGCGAACUGCCGAGCUCCGGAAAGUGGCACAGGAUAAUGGAGAGGAUUUGGAAGCCAUUCCCUCCACUGUCACCGAUGCGGAGUUCAACACUUAUAUCAAGACUCUGCGCGACGACCCAUUCGCUCUAGGCCCGGUUAUCUUCGAGUUGCUGGACCUCGCCUCCCCUCCCGCAGUUCCCAGUGAGCGCAUCGGCCGCAAGUUCUACCAACCUUCCGGAACCAAGUUGUCCUCAUCCGAAUAUGCCAUCACCGGACCCCCGAAGACGCACCCGUCUGCUGGUCUAUCCUACACGCGUUCGCACGCUCUCAUUAAAAACCACCCCGAGUUUGGCCCACAAGCCUACCAGCGCCCCGUGGAAGCCCGCGUCUUGCGCCCCAAGGGCCGUUUCAAGGGACGCAUGGCUCGCGCUCUUGCAGGUAUCGGUGGUAUUGCGGUUGAAGACUUGAAUUCCAUGACCUUCGUUGAGCAAGGCACGCCUCCCGGUUUAGCCUUCUUCGAUGCCUCCAUUCCUGGUGGAGGUAAAUACUGGGUCACUCCCAUCCGGGCUGCGGUCGAUUCUGAGGGUCGUAUUGGCCUGUCAUCGUAUCGCGCAAGUGCGACUGCCAAGGCCCCUUACGGCAUCGAAGAUCACACCAAGCCGACUACCUUGACGAUAUCCGAUAUUGCCACUUCUUCGUCUCCCGUAGUUCCAAGGUUGGACAGGAAGUCAUUCGGCCAGCCUCGGUUCCAGCCUUCUGCAGCAAACCGGCCCCGAAGACACCCCACGAGGGGCACGGAGGACGUUGCUCGCAGCCUUCUCGACAACCUCAACGCUAAGUCAUAG